AUGUCGCACAAUAACCAGAGCUUUGGCUGGUCAGGUGCCCUCGUGGCGUUCAUGUUAGCUUCCGUAGCCCACGCCAACACCAUCAAAGUCAUGAUGCUCCACAACUCACAGCAGAGCAAUGCAGGUUGGAAAGAAGGCUUCUAUGAUUUCUUUGCACCAUUUCUCAAUGGACAGGGUGGAUUCACGAUGUCAGAUGGCAACACCUACACAUUGGAUACUAUCCUGUGUGAGGAAAGUUUGGACACGAAUGCUGUGGCCAAAGUUCAGGCAUGUGUGAACACCGCAGUGGCACAAAAUGUGGAUGCAAUCAUUGUGGGAACUUCCAGUUCCAAUGACGACAUCAAGACUGCUGCGGAGGCUGUUGGCAUUCCCAACAUUCAUUGCUCAGGUGGAAAUCCGAUGUCAUGGACGGCUGCGACACCUCAUGCCUUCGGAAUGCACUUGCCGUUUCCAUGGUACUCGCGUGGCCCAAUCCGCCAGGCUGCUUUGCUGAAUCUCAAGACUGUUGUCAUCAUGCGGAACUAUGAGUGGGGCUUCCCUCGGAUUUCGGCUGUGGCAGCCACCGAGUGGAGCUUGGAGAGCUCAUUGCAGGUCAUUGGCCCAACCGUUGCUUGGUGCCAGCGCUGGGCCAACAUGACACAAACCUGCUCCUUGCGUGGAGGGGCCUGUCGCUGUGGAACGCAGUCAGAGUUUGACAACAUGGGUUACAAGUACCAGGCGGACACAAUGCCAAGCUUCUAUGAGAUCGCUGAGAGUAAAGUCCAUGAGGUUGGCUUUGACCCACGCGCUGAGUUCAUCUCUCCGGGCAUUGUGGAGUUCAUCGAAGGUGUGAUAGAUGAUGUUCGCUCACAGGGGGCAGAUCCGGACAUGGUUGUCAACUGGCUCACAGCAGCGAGGAGCGGCUUAAUGGCCAUGAUGCAGAAGAAGUUCGGCUACAAGAUGUACUUCGGUGGCCCCAACGGUGCUGGUACCGCAUGGUACGGCUAUGAAUCUUACUGGAACAAUGGCACGGCAGCUCUUGGAAAAGAUGAAGCCCUCUACAACACCGGUGGUGGGCAAUGGCACUACGAGAUGGGGUUCUCGGAUCCCUACUUUGGCACAACGGCGUCGAUGGUUUCUCAGUUUGAAACCCAGUUUGCAAAGGUUCCCAGCUAUGAUCAUGCCGCGUGCAUGGCCGCAGGCAUCUCCCUGAGCUUCGGCUUGCAGAAGUAUGGCCAGUCCUUGGUUGGUUUGAGCACGGCUCAAAGACGUGAGGAGGUCCGUGUCUCUGUCGGCACCCUGAACGAUGAGACCUUGUUCGGCAUGGUCCGCUUCAACCGCUUCAACCAGAACAAUGGCCGCAUGAGUGUGAAUUGGCAGGUCCUUGAAGAUGGAAACACAAGGCCAGUCUUGCCUGCUGAAGCUGCUGCCACGCAGUUCCGUUUUCCUAGUCCCAGUUGGGAUGCUCGUAUUGGCUGCCCAGCAGGCACCUAUGCUACUGGCUUGCUUCCUGUGCCUACUGAGUGCGUGGCUUGUCCUGAGGGCCGCGCGAGGUCUACAUUGAGCAUGGGGCUCAACUUUUCAGAGUGUGACCUUUGCCCGGAAGGCUAUGGAACUUUGCCGGGGCAAACUGGGCUUUUGGAAUGCCCUGCUUGUCCUGCGGGAAGGUACCAGAAUGGAAACUCCGAUCGGGGUGUUUGCAAUGCAUGCCCUUUGGGCACCUCGCGCGCUGCAAACAGCAUUGGCGGAUGUAUCCUGUGCGCUGCUCAGACCUACGCAGAUGUCACGGGUUUGGAGACUUGCAAGGCAUGUCCAAGCAAAAGCUCGCAGUCUGAUCUUGGUCAGACCUUCUGCUUUUGCGAUGUGGGAGCCUACAAAGAUCCUGCGGAUGUAACCCCCGUCGGCACGGUUUUGCCUUGCUUGGGCUGCGAGCAGGUGAUUCCAGGAAGUACCACUUUGUACCCGAACUCUCGCUACAGCCAUGAGUGUGUUUGCCCAGCCAAGACCUUUUGGCACAGGCCAGACCCAGCAAGCUCGGUUGCAUUCUGCAAGGAAUGUGGCUUGGGUUUGGUUUGCCUGGGAGGUCGCGAGAGUGCUGGCAACAAUGGCAGUGUGCCCAACCACCAAGCACCCUUGCAAGCUCAAAUGUAUGCCGCAGGUGCUCCGGCAUACAACGGUGGAGAUCCAAGCUACAUUGUCGAAUGCGGCAGCACCAACACAUGUCCAGGUGAUCUUGCUUUGGGGGACUGUCCGGGAAACAAUGUUGGCAUAGCCUGUGUAGACUGUGCUGCUGACCACUAUUCUGACAAUGGGCUGUGCUAUUCUUGUGCUGAUGCAGGCUUUGCGCUGGGGCCCCUUCUUGCAGCGUUGGCUCUAUUCCUCGUCGCUCUCGUCGGCCUCUACAAGUUUGCCACCAAAAUGGACAAGCCUCACAGGGACUCCAUGAUGACGGUGACGAUCGGAGCGGGAUUGGUCCUUGCAACUUUGCAAGCCCUUUCAGCAUUUAGCAAGGUGGAGGUGCAGUGGGUGGAGCCUUUGCAGACACUUCGGGGUAUUUUCUCAUUCCUCAUUUUCGACAUCAGCAUCCUUCGGCCUGGCUGCUUCCUGGGGACGAUGAACCCCUUGUUGAACUACCUUGGCUCGCUGUUGAUGUACCCCAUUGCGGCAACAGGAAUCAUGCUUUGUUUCGCUUUCGGGAAGUAUGUGCUGAAGAAGAACAUUACCCUCAACGAGGUGGUCAACGCGCAAGGUUUGAUCGUUUCGGCCGUGUACAUCGCCCUCACAUCGCUGGCUGUGAGACCAUUCCAAUGUGUGGGAAACCCUGAUGGCACCUCCUCCAUGACGGCCUAUCGUAAUGUGAUUUGCUGGCGUGAUGCCGGGCAUUCUUGGAUGGUGGCACUUUCCUUUUUGCCCUUCUUUGGAGGUGUUUGCACCUUUAUGGCAUUGGUGAUUUGGGCUGUGAUCCAAUAUCCUGUCAAGGUCUCCAGUCCGAACGGGGUGAAAUUUGUGAAGCGGUACAAGUUUAUAUUCAGCCGCUUUUCACCAGAUGCCUACUACUUCGCACUGGUUCUCAACUUCCGAAACUUUCUCAUUGGUAUCUUACCAGUCUUGCUGGUUGCAUACAACGAGCUCCAAUUCCUGUCGCUUACGUUGGUUAUUGCAGUCUAUGCCCUUCUUCAAGCACGAAUGUGGCCUUGGCGUACUUUGAUCUCAAACUUGAUGGAUGCAUGCCUGGCAUUGUUCUUGAUGCUUGUGAUCGUGGUUGGCAGUUUGCUGUUGGAGUUUGACCCUGAGAGGGGGACGACCGUCGUCUCCGUCAUUUUGAUGAUUGGCACGGUCGUGGCCUUUGUUGGCUUGGUCGUGGCAUUUUCGUUUGCUGCAUACCGCACCUACCGGCCAUCUCGCACCUACGGCAUCUUCCUCAGCCACCAUAAACUUGGUGCCGCUGUUCUAUCGCGGUGGUUUAAGAUGCUUUUGGGUGAGCACACGACCAGUAAGAUUUUCCUGGACUCAGAUGAUGUGAGCAAGUUGGAUGCGAUUAUCGACGUCACCGCCUGGGAUUGCGAGAAUGUGGUCGUUUUGAUAACCCAGGAGACCCUGAAGCGCAUGUGGUGUGCUGCAGAGAUCGCCAGCGCAUGGGCGGCCAAAACCAACAUUGUUCUGGUCAGCUGCGAUGGAAAUGGUCUUUCUCAGGAGCUCAUUGAGUCAGUUCCAAGCUUGUGGACAGAGGAGCAGCAAUCAACUUUGAUGAAUGCAGGGGUUUCCAUGACUAUGAUUUUGGACUCCUACCAAGGGCUCUUGUCGCGCGAGUCCCUCAAGCUUGAUCGCAAAGGGGCCAACGGGGAGUUGCACCAGAAGGUGGCAAAGGACGUAAUCGCUCAAUGCAAGGGCUUGUCCACCAACAUGCUUUCCAGAUUGGCGAUGGGACUGAAGCGAGCCGAUUCCGGUCUCUCCACCAGCACCUUGUUGAUGCUGGGUGACCUGGUUACACCUGAAGCAGGUAGCUGCUGCCGAGUGAUUCAAUCACUCUUACAAUCCAAGCUUCAGGAGCCGGUGCACGUGGUGGACCCUACUGAAGCCAUCAAGGACUUGGAUGCUGCUGCUACGCAGAUGGGAAGUGCAAAAGUCAUUUUGGUGAUUUUGACCCAGGGAGUCCUUCACGAGCCCACCUUCGCCGGGACGGUGGCAGCCUGCCCUGAAGGAGCUCGGGCCAACUUCGUUCCCAUCAAGGCAGAUGAGUCCUUCAUCUAUCCGGACCCCACUUUCUGGGAGAAUCUGGCAGAUGGCAAGAUCUUCUCCGAGAAGACACUCGAUGGUUUUGACACGGACUUUGAAGGUGUGCGAGCUGCUUAUGCCAGGCUCUUCAACGUUUUGGCACUAAAGUUCACCUCACAUGGAAGUGAAAGCAUCCAAGGCACCGAAAUCCAAGUGAUGACUGGACGCCUGGCACCCAUGAUCGAUGAUGCAAGUGCCAAAACCGACUCCGUGAGACCAGUCAGGAGUGGCAAAGCAGACCCCUCGGGCAAAGGCAACGUGGAUAGUCUCGAACAUGUGCUCAAGGAGCCGAUCAGCGAGGCUACCCUUUGA